GGUACACACAGUUUUGGUCGGAUGAUAGCCCGUAAGUGCUUGGGGUUGUGCCGUCACUCUGCGCCAUCGGGGCGGGGGAAGCUCUGCGCCAGGACCUAUUCUACCUCAGCUAAACGCCAUCCCGUGCACCCUGAACACCUUUGCGAGAGCGUCUGGUCUCGAGUCCCAAAAGGCCCCAUGGACCCCAUUCUGGGCGUAACCGUUAAGUUUCUUGCAGAUUCCGCGCCAAAUAAGCUAAAUCUUGGGGUCGGCACUUACAGGGAUGAGAACGGCCAUUCUUACGUCUUGCCGUGCGUUCGAGAGGCCGAGGCAAGACUUCACCAACAAGACAUAGACCAUGAGUACACCUGCAUUGGCGGCGCCGAACGUUUUAACAAUUUGGCCGCAAGCCUGGCCUUCGGCGAAACAUCACCUCUUAUUUUAAACCGGCAGAUUGCCACGGUACAAACCCUGUCUGGAACAGGUGCUCUACACAUAGGCGCCGAUUUCUUAAAAUCUUGGCUACCCAAUCUGAGAUACAUACAUUAUUCAACUCCGACGUGGGGAAAUCAUAUUCCCAUCUGCCUCGGCUCUCAACUCGAACCCAAAAGAUACAGGUAUUACGACAGCGUCAAUAUCGCGAUAGAGGAAGAUAACAUGCUGGAGGAUCUGAAUGACGCACCCAGUUCCUCAGUUAUUAUGCUACAAGUUAGUGCGCAUAACCCAACUGGAAUUGAUCCCUCUCGCGAAUUGUGGAAGAAAAUUUCCGAAGUCUGCAAAACGAAAAAACAUUUGGUCUUCUUUGACCUGGCCUAUCAAGGAUUCGCGACGGGCAACACCGACAACGAUGCCUGGCCAAUCCGCUACUUCGUUGAACAAGGGCAUUUGCCUCUGGUUUCUCAGAGCUUCGCAAAGAACUUUGGUUUGUACGGACAACGCGUCGGUGCUCUCCACGUCGCCACUGCGAAUCCAACCGAAGCUGAGAGCGUGAAAUCACAACUCGAACUCAUCAUUCGACCUCAGUACUCUAGCCCGCCAAUUCAUGGUGCGAGAAUCGUUUCGACAAUUCUAGGAGACCCAGUAUUAAAAAACAUGUGGAAAAAAGACGUUCGACAUAUGGCUGACCAAAUCAAAAACAUAAGACAACUAUUCGUCUCUCAGUUGAAACAGGCUGGUUCAACUCGCGACUGGUCGCACAUCACAAAACAAAUUGGUAUGUUCUGCUACACCGGCCUAAAAGAAGAGGAGUGCAGGGAUUUGGCAGAGCUAUAUCAUAUCUAUAUGACCCUUGAUGGACGUGCGUCAAUACCGGGAAUCAGCAAGAAUACGGUGGGCUAUCUCGCCGAUUCUAUUGCAAAGGUGACACACUAUCAAUAAAGCUUGGCUUUUUUUUUCAAGAAACUAGUAUUUCUUGACGGUUAACCCAAAAUUUCCGUACAUAUUUUAUUUUUACUCUCUAAA